CCAAGGGAGUCCCUGCUGGAGGUGGGAUGAGAGGAGCCCUGCGAGGAGGGACUGUGAGGCGGGAAGGCAUGUGACUUGGCCGGUGAGGCUGCCUUUUCCUCCUCCUCCUCCUCCUCCUCCUCCUUCCUCCUCAGAGCUACCUGAGGCGAAUACUAAGCGGAGCAAGACAGAGGCUGCUUGGUCGGGGGACGACGCCGCCGCCGCCACUGCGGAGAAAGCGAGAGGCAGCCUCCCCAACAAGAAGGCGCCGAAGAUGGAGAUGAAGGACCAAGGCGCGCAAAUGGAGCCUCUGCUGCCCACGGAGCACAGAGAGGAAGACUGGAGGCAGGAAAAUUAUGCCUCCUCUGGAAUCAGCUGCCCAAACUCUACAUCAUCAUGUCACCUCAUGAGAAACGAUGAAGAAGCAGUGGUGGACAGGGGUGGAACACGCUCCAUUCUCAAAACACAUUUUGAAAAGGAAGACUUAGAAGGCCACAGGACUUUGUUUAUUGGUGUUCAUGUGCCAUUGGGAGGAAGAAAAAGCCAUCGACGUCAUAGACACCGUGGACACAAACACCGAAAGAGAGACAGAGAACGAGAUUCAGGACUAGAAGAUGGCAGAGAGUCUCCUUCAUAUGAUACCCCUUCACAGAGGGUACAAUUUAUUUUGGGAACAGAAGAUGAUGACGAGGAGCACAUUCCACAUGAUCUGUUCACAGAACUUGAUGAACUUUGCUGGCGUGAAGGAGAGGAUGCUGAGUGGAGGGAAACGGCCAGGUGGCUGAAAUUUGAAGAAGAUGUCGAAGACGGAGGAGAGAGGUGGAGUAAGCCAUAUGUUGCCACUUUGUCACUUCACAGUUUGUUUGAAGUGAGAAGUUGUAUCCUCAAUGGCACAGUGUUACUAGACAUGAGAGCAAAUUCUUUAGAAGAAAUUGCAGACAUGAUUCUUGAUCAGCAAAUAGGCUCGGGACAGCUCAGUGAAGAUGUCCGACACAGGGUACAUGAGGCUUUGCUGAAACAGCAUCAUCAUCAGAAUCAGAAGAAGCUAAGCAAUAGGAUCCCAAUAGUCCGGUCCUUUGCUGAUAUUGGCAAGAAGCAGUCUGAACCACAUUCCAUGGACAAAAAUGGUCAGAUUGUUUCUCCACAGUCUGCACCAGCAAGCAUUGAAAUAAAAAAUGAUGUGAGCAGAGAAAACAGCACGGUUGACUUUAGUAAGGGACUAGGAGACCAACAAAAAGGGCAUAACAAUAGUCUAUUUGGGAUGAAACAAAGACAUGAAAAAGGACAUCCGCAUCAGGAGGAGAGAGAGAGAGAGGUUGACCUGCAUUUCAUGAAAAAGAUUCCUCCUGGAGCUGAAGCUUCAAACAUUUUGAUUGGUGAGCUUGAAUUCUUGGAACGUGCCGUAGUGGCUUUUGUCAGACUGUCUCCAGCUGUACUGCUUUCAGGACUAGCAGAAGUUCCAAUCCCAACAAGAUUUUUAUUUAUUCUUCUGGGACCUCUAGGAAAAGGCCAACAGUACCAUGAGAUUGGCAGGUCAAUUGGAACAUUGAUGACAGAUGAGGUAUUUCAUGAUGUUGCAUACAAAGCUAAAGAUCGGAAUGACUUGCUUUCUGGAAUUGACGAAUUUCUCGAUCAGGUGACUGUUCUCCCUCCUGGAGAGUGGGAUCCAGCAAUUCGUAUAGAGCCCCCCAAAAAUAUUCCUUCCCAGGAGAAGCGUAAGAUUCCCAGUGUGCCAAAUGGAACUGCUGCCCAUGGAGACCCAGAGCCACUUGGAGGACACUCAGGGCCAGAAUUACAACGUACUGGAAGGCUUUUUGGGGGCUUGAUUUUAGAUAUAAAGAGGAAAGCACCAUUCUUUUUGAGUGACUUCACCGACGCAUUCAGUUUGCAGUGUUUAGCAUCAUUUCUGUUUCUCUACUGUGCUUGUAUGUCUCCUGUUAUCACGUUUGGCGGUCUUCUGGGAGAAGCGACGGAAGGUCGUAUAAGUGCAAUAGAAUCUUUGUUUGGUGCAUCUAUGACUGGGAUAGCCUACUCUCUUUUUGGUGGGCAACCUCUUACCAUACUAGGUAGCACAGGACCAGUUCUGGUAUUUGAAAAGAUAUUAUUCAAAUUUUGCAAGGAUUAUGGACUGUCUUAUCUUUCUUUGAGAGCAAGCAUUGGCUUAUGGACAGCAACUUUGUGCAUCAUUCUGGUUGCAACUGAUGCAAGUUCCCUUGUGUGCUACAUUACUCGCUUUACGGAAGAAGCUUUUGCAUCCCUUAUCUGCAUCAUUUUCAUUUAUGAGGCCUUAGAGAAACUCUAUCAUCUCAGCGAGACAUAUCCAAUCAACAUGAAUAAUAAUUUGGAUUUACUGACACAAUACUCAUGCAGCUGUGUGGAGCCAAACAACCCCAGCAAUAACACUUUGCAAUUCUGGGCAUCCAAGAACAUGACUUCAUAUGAUAUACCUUGGGGAAACCUAACUUGGAAAGAAUGUGAGCAUUGGCAAGGGACAUUUGUAGGACGAGCCUGUGGACAUCAUGGUCCUUACGUCCCAGAUGUUCUCUUCUGGUCAGUCAUCUUAUUCUUUUCUACAGUUACACUGUCAUCCACUUUGAAGCAGUUCAAGACCAGUCGAUAUUUCCCAACCAAGGUGCGGUCUGUAGUGAGUGACUUUGCUGUCUUUCUCACCAUUCUGUGCAUGGUUCUAAUUGACUAUGCCCUUGGGAUUCCAUCACCAAAGCUUCAGGUUCCAAAUGAAUUCACACCUACCAGAGAUGACCGUGGCUGGUUUAUCACUCCUGUGGGUCCCAAUCCUUGGUGGACAGUGCUGGCAGCAGUAAUUCCAGCACUUCUUUGUACUAUUCUGAUAUUUAUGGACCAGCAGAUUACAGCUGUUAUCAUAAACAGGAAAGAACAUAAACUAAAGAAAGGCUGUGGCUAUCACCUGGAUUUGCUGAUGGUGGCCCUCAUGCUUGGUGUCUGCUCUCUCAUGGGUCUGCCAUGGUUUGUUGCUGCCACUGUCCUCUCCAUUUCUCAUGUAAACAGCUUAAAGCUGGAGUCAGAAUGUUCUGCUCCAGGGGAGCAGCCCAAAUUUCUUGGCAUACGUGAACAACGGGUCACAGGGCUCAUGAUAUUUGUUCUCAUGGGAUCAUCUGUUUUUUUGACCAGAAUUCUUAAGUUGUUCUUUUUUUCCUCUUCUUUCAGUUUUUUUCCCAUGCCAGUACUUUACGGGUAUUUUGUAAUGGGUGCCUCUUCUCUAAAAGGAAUUCAGCUUUUUGACAGAAUCAAGUUAUUCUGGAUGCCUGCCAAACAUCAGCCAGACUUCAUCUACCUGAGGCACGUUCCUCUCAGAAAAGUCCAUCUCUUCACAGUAAUCCAACUGAGCUGUCUGGUGCUGCUGUGGGUGAUCAAAGCUUCAAGAGCUGCCAUUGUGUUCCCUAUGAUGGUCUUGGCAUUGGUGUUCGUUAGAAAACUCAUGGACUUAUUUUUUACCAAACGGGAGCUGAGCUGGCUGGAUGAUUUGAUGCCAGAGAGCAAGAAGAAAAAACUUGAAGAUGCUGAAAAAGAGGAGGAGCAAAGUAUGUUAGCAAUGGAAGAGGAAGCGACAGUGCAGUUACCACUUGAAGGACACUACAGAGAUGACCCAUCUGUAAUAAAUAUUUCUGAUGAAAUGUCAAAAACAGCUGUGUGGAAGACACUGUUGAUAUCAGAGAAUGCCAAGGAUAAGGAGUCCAGCUUUCCUUCUAAAAGCACUGAAAGCCGAAAAGAGAAGAAAGCUGACUCAGGGAAAGGUGUGGACCGCGAGACUUGUCUAUGAUGUACUCUUCAAUUUGUUUUUUUUAAUAUAUAAGCAACUGCGAGGAGUGCCACAAUCAUAACUGUACCCGGUUUGAUCAAUUUAUUGUGCAACCUGUCCUUCCUCUACAGUAGCACUGGUAAUGUAAGUAGUGCAAUAUGUGCUUCAGUUCACUGUCUUGUUUAUCCACAAUGGCCAUAACCCUUGCUGAAAUUGACCAUAGCCAGUGAAGAGAUCAUGUGCUUUCCUUGCUGGGGUACAAGACCCCUUUGAACUUGUGUCAUCCAUUCCAGAAAUGAGGAAUGUUUCUGUUCAAACUUCUUUCACAAGAGGUUUGGACUGUAGUUGUUCUACUUUGCCUGUGCAAUGUAUGGUUAUAGCUUUCUCCAUCUCUGAAAGCCAACUUGAAAUAGCGCCCCAUUUUUUUUCUAGCUUAGCUUUCAGCCAGCUAUUUCAAGAGACCCAAGGUAACAAAGAAAUAUUAGUUUUAGAGCUAUUUUUAAAACCAGGAGCAUUUCAGUCCCGCAAACUUAAUCAUAAGAAUGACUCCCUUCCCUGCAUUUAAAUAAUGGCUUUUAUGUAUGUGUGUAUGGGACUGUGUGAGUGCUGGUGUGUGUGUAUGUGUGUGAGAGAGACUUACAGGAUCAGACCCUAUAUUUGUGCAAUUUUCCUUGAUUUAAUACUGGAUAUUUAAUAUUUAAAUUUAUAUGUAACUGGAAAAAUAAAGUAUUAUAAUAUAUACAUAGACUAUAGUUAAACAUUCUCUCAUAUUGUUUGGAAGAAAAGCCACAUCUAUUGAUGUGCAAUAUUCAUACAGUAUUUGUUGUGAAAGCAAGCUGUUAUUACAAUAUCUUAUACUGUACUGUACUAAAUGUUGCAGUGGUGAGUUUAACAGCUGCAUUGUGGUGGUAAACAAGCCACAUUUUUUCCCUAGCUUUCCAGCUUAAAGUCCUUUACAGAACAGGGCAGUAAGAUUUCUUCUGUUUCUCCCAGGGUUGGUCAGUGAGCCCAUGGAUGCUUAGAAAUCUCUGAAUACUAUCUUUACAUUCCUUCAUGAUGUUCUGCACUUAUCUGGUUAUAGAUAAGUGCUGAUUUGAUCCAGGUAUAAAUGAUAUGUAUAUUUUUAUUUCAUUAAUAAUGUCUGUUAUUUUUAAAAAUGCUUUUGCAUUUAAAUGCAUUUGUAGGUGGUCAAUAAACUUUGGAGAACAUCUAGCCAGAGUUAAGCAUUUUGAAUUGCAUGGAUUUUGGAGGAAGUCACUUGGGCAUGUGCUUAACUCUUCCACUGAUAUCAGCAGGGCUGAAAUAUGUUAGAUCGUAUUUUGAUUGUAUUUCUUAAUGCAAAUUCAUCUUGGAAUCACAAUUCCACUUAAAUGAAUGGGAGUUCUGAAACAGAAUUCAGGGGCCAUGUUAUUGACAUAAAGCUCUAAUUCUGCAAAACAAAGCAGAAUUUCUACAUGGCCUUUCACAGGAGUUCAUCACAUGGGGAAAAUUGGGGAGUUUUAAACAGGCAUUUUCUGGGGACAGUCACACAA